UGUCGUACUCAGAGAACAACUAUAAUCAUCCGUAAUAACAAAAGGAUUAAUUUCAAUUUUAAAAAUUACUCACUUUUUAAUUUCUUUUUUAUCUAAUAAGGAACUAAAUUUGAAUCUGCUAUGCUCGGUACCACUGGACCACCAUUGAUAAAACCUGUCAGUGAAUCAGCUGAUCAGUUAUUCACGUACGCUAGAUCAGCUGUGAGCAAUCAUGGACGCGUUGAAGGAAGAAGAUUUUGUGAUACCCCCAGUUAAAUACGAAUAUUUGGAUCACACAGCGGAUGUACAAUUACACGCAUGGGGUGAUACUAUGGAGGAAGCUUUUGAACAAUGUGCAAUGGCCAUGUUCGGGUUAAUGACGGAUUUAGCGCGGGUUCAAAUAAAACAGGUACACAAAGUGGAAGCUGAAGGGCAUGACAUGGAGAGCCUUCUCUUUCAUUUCCUUGAUGAAUUAUUGUUCAUGUUUAGUGCUGAGCCAUACAUCGUCGCAAAGAAAGUGGAUAUCGUUACGUUUGACCGCGAGAACUUCAAGAUCACCGCAGUAGCGUAUGGAGAAGAAUUUACAAUAGGGAAACAUACUCAGAAUGCUGAAGUAAAAGCUAUAACGUAUUCAGCUAUGCAGAUCCUCGAUCGUCCGCGAACGGAACGUCCUGAAAUUUUCGUGAUCGUUGACAUAUAGUUGUUUUGGGCCCAGUUCGGUGUUUCGUUUGAUUUCUUGACGCGCCCUUGGCUUAACACUUUAAAUACAAAAGUGGGUACGACCGCAUGGAUACAGGAGCAAGUAGGGAGGGUACACCUCCCUUACAUCCUACAUAGGGUACGAUCCUUUUGUAGUUGCGUAGGGUUCAAAUAAAUACGUUACGAAGAAAACACCGGGCUCCCUUCUUGGCGACCUAUCUCAGGUACGUGUCAAGGAGUCACGGAACCCUGGAUUUAUUAAAGACACUGUUUAACGUCAACUUAAUUCUGUCAACGUUUAACCAUAUGUAAAUAUUUUUAUUUUUAAUAUUACUCUCUGUAAGUAUUCCUUGAUUCAUUAUUUUUAUCAGAAGCUACCAUAAUAAUGAAUUAUUUGCGCCUGAAAUCCAAAGAGUAUAUCAAAUAUGUACCAUCGAAUAUCGGUGUAUUUUUGUAUGCAUUAAAUAAAGACCGUUUUCUAAUGUU